CGUUUUUUUAGUUUCAAAUUUCAUUAUCAAUGUUGGAAAUUGAUUUUAGAGCGAUGAUAGAUAUUUCUAUUGCCGAAAGCACUUUCUUAACGAGGAAUUUAGAUGAGGCUUUAUUCUGUUUUCAUUAAGUCUAAGCCUUAUAGAAACUUCAUCCAUUGAUUUUGACAUUGAUAAUUUUCAAAUAUUGUACUUUGUUAUCCUUUUCAAAAUAGUAGGUGCAGACAGGGCUUGAGAUUGCAGAGAGAAACUUUUAAAGAACUCUCUAUAUGUGGACUAAAACUCUCUACUAACCAUGUUUCAAGGUUCCCACAUGAGAAUUUCACAAUAAAAAGAACCUUUAUAGUAUUGUUUUCUCAGUUCAAUUGUCUGUUUUCUCUGCUAAUUUCAGUGCUCUUUUUAGCAGUAAAUAAUAACAGGAAGAAGUUUUGGAUUCCUCUACUAUAGUGGGUUUUGGGUGUUUCCCUCUACAGUGGGCUUAUAUUUGCUUUAGGACUUUCAGGCCUUGAUUCCUGGGGUUUCAGACUGAAAACCAUUGGUUAUGAUGCUCCUUUGGCUAUUCCUUUUGAGAUGUUGCAUAACUGAAUUAAGGAUUUUGGAGAAUAUAUUAUAUGGGUUUCUUGUUUUUUUCUUGGGUGGGUGUUGUAAAAUGCCAGAGGGCCAUGGCUCUGGCUCUGGCAGUGGUUUAUGAUUAUCUUUGCAAAUCCUAAUAAAUGAGCCAACCAAUUAAAGAUAAAAGAUCUGUUUUUCUUUUUCUAAUUUAUUGGAGUGUCUUAUUUAUAUGGCUAAUAUUCAUGCACUGAUAAAGGAAAACUAGAUUUACCUAUUGGAGUGGACAUUUUCCAAAUUAAUUGUAUUUUGUAGUCUCAUAUGUUUUAAUAGGCUAUAUAUUUGCACUGAGUAGAAAAAGAGAGAAAUUCCUUGAAUACUUAUAUAUGAUCUUGGGUUAUUAAGAAUCCAUCUCUUCUCUCUGAACUGGAAAAUGGUUGAUAUCUAGAAUUUAUAUUUGUCUAUAUUAGUAACUUCUUCUUGUUUUCCCACUUUGUCUGUGUUAAGCAUAUUUUUAUAUGUUAGAAAGAAUUUGAAGCUGAAAGUCAACAAAAAGCCAUGGAACUUAUGUUUCUUGUAGCUUUUCUCUUAAUCUUAGCCGCUUUAUAUGUAGCCAAAGGAAAAAAUUCAAUUGUGAAUCUUCCCCCUGGACCUCGGCCCUUGCCUUUCAUCGGUAAUUUCCACCUCCUGAAACGACCACAUUAUAGAUCUCUGUCCGAUCUUGCCAACCAAUAUGGCCCCAUAUUUAGCCUGCGACUUGGAAUUAGACCAGUCGUAAUUGUCUCUUCAGCUAGUCUUGCUCAAGAAUGCUUCACCAAAAAUGACAUUACCUUUGCAUCUAGGCCUCAAUUGGCUUUUGGAAAAUACCUUGGCUAUAACUACAUGUCAGUUGCUUGGGCUCCCUAUGGUGCCCAUUGGCGAAACUUGCGAAGGAUUGAGACGCUUGAACUCCUGUCUUCAAGGAAAAUUGAGAUGUUUGCGUAUAUCCGACAUGAGGAAGUGGCAGCAUUGCUACAAAGUAUUGUUGAAGCCUCAGAUAGAGGAGAGGUGGUGAACUUGAAGGAUAGUAUCGAAGAGACCAUGUUCAAUGCCAUUGUAAAGAUGGUGGCUGAUAAAAGUUACUAUGGAAGUAGGGCUAAGGAUCUACAUGAAGCAAAGGCAUUUAUAGAAGUCAUUAAUGAGACAUUCACAUUGUCUGGCGUGUUGAACAUUGGGGAUUUUAUUCCAUGGCUUUCAUGGUUGGGACUUAGGGGGAUUAGACUUAUGAAAGCAUUGCAUAGGAAGAGAGAUAGGCUUAUACAGCGCAUUGUGGAUGAGCAUAGGAAGUUGAGGAGUGGGGAUGGUCAUGUUUUUAAACAAGAUUUCAUUCACAUGUUGCUGGACAUGCAUGAAGAGGAUCCCAACUAUUUCACAGAUGAUCUGAUCAAGAGUAUAAUCCAGGUCAUGAUCGUGGCAGGAACAGAGACCACAGCUGUGACAUUGCAGUGGGCAAUAGCCCUCCUCCUCAACCACCCUGACUCCCUUCAGAAAGCUCAAACCGAGCUAGACCAACAAGUGGGAAGGGACCGAUUAGUUGAAGAAUCCGAUCUCUCAAAGUUAGAGUACCUACGGGCUAUUAUCAAUGAGACACUACGCUUAUAUCCUCCGGCCGCCACUCUCCUACCCCAUGAAUCCACUACAACGUGCACUCUCGGUGGCUACACCGUGCCAAAAGGCACAAUGCUCUGGGUGAACGCAUGGCACAUACAGAGGGACCCUUGCGCGUGGUCCGAGCCUUUGAGGUUCGAGCCUGAGAGGUUUAUAGGAAGUGGGGUUGAUGUGAAGGGCCAAGAUUUUAGGGUGAUACCAUUUGGUUCUGGGAGGAGGAGCUGUCCUGGAAUGGGCUUGGCAUUGAGGUCAUUAGAGUACGUGCUCGCGAGUUUGUUGCAUGCUUUUGAGUGGCGGAGGGAGGGCCCGGAGCCAGUCGAUAUGACGGAUGUGGGCAUCUCAUUGAAGAUGGCUGCGCCCUUGAGGGCACUCGCAACUCCGCGGCUCGAGCCUCAUGUCUGCCUCCUUGCAUGAUGCAUACAUUGGCUGUAUCUGAGGAGAGAUUAUGGACAUGUUAGAUCACAUGUAUAAUGUAUCUUAGUGCUUGCAUGUGUGUGGACACGCCCACGAGAACGUGUUAUGAUAUGUUUGUAAGAUCAUUAUCUCUAUUUGAGACUUAUUUAAGUAUUGUGUGAUGCAAUUCAUUGCUUUGCUACCAUCUUGGGUAUGUAACUGCCAGUUAAUGGAAGUCUCAUGGCUCUUGUAUUUUAAAGGGCUGGGGUAUUGAGAGAGUUGAGUGACAAUAAACUUGAGCUUUUGAGCAGCAAAUGUAUUUCGUUCACUUAAUUUCAGAUCA